GAUUGAAGACAUAUAUCUACAUAUUUUAUCUAUCACUUAUUUUAUAUAUAAAAAGAGAAUUGUAGCAGCAUUCAUACUAAAUUGCCACUUGGUUCCAGUAUCUUGUCAACAGAUGGCGCGCUACUCACCACGAUUAAUAAAUACCUGGGUAGUGGGUAUACUUUGAGUACGAUUAAGAACUAUGUUCCUUCACCCGAACUACUGAUCCGGUUUCAAGAAGUCUUUCAACGUCAGAUAACCCAUUUAUUGAGAUGGAAGUGAAACAACUCCCGAUGAACGUUGGGAAACUGGGAUGGCAGGAGGGGCGCGGGCCGGAGCGGCGCCGCCAGCGCGGGAGCGUGCGCGGCACGCGCCUCAGUCGCGGAUCGCGCAUAGUGUCGCUCGGGAAGCAUGCGCCGGCGCGCGUUAUUGUUAUAUUAUUAUAUUCACGGGAGUGAUGUGAUGAUCGAUACUCGGUUUCGAAGUGUAUCGCUUAAUAUUUUAAUGAGACAAAGAUUGAUACUGUGAACGAGUUCUAGUGCGAACAGCUACGAAUGCUAUUUGGUGGCUGGCUUCAACGUAACCGUGUUUGUACUCUGAAUUAGGUGCAGUGUCUGAUGCGGUGCGCGCGCCAUGAGCGCCGCUACGCUGCUGCUGCUGGCCGCGCUGCCCGCGCUCGCAGGUCGCGCGGGCGGCGAGGUGGUGUCGGUGUCGGCGGAGCGCGGGCCGGGCUUCGCGCGCGCCCAGCGCACCGCCGUGCUGGCGCCCGCCGGCCACGCCGCCACGCUUGACUGCCGCGUGCUGCGUCUGCAGGACAAGUCCGUGUCGUGGGUGCGGUCGCGGGACCUGCAGAUCCUGGCGCACGCGGGCGCGGUGUUCACGGCGGAUGCGCGCGUGUCAGCCACGUCGGGCCCCGCGCCGCCGCCCGCGCCCGGCAGCCGCCACACGCUGCACAUCGAGCGCCUGCGCCUCUCCGACGCCGGCCGCUACGAAUGCCAGGUCAACACCGAGCCCAAGAUGAGCCUCUUCUUCAACCUCACCGUGCUAGACGAGCCGGUGCCUGAAGUGGUGGUGUCGGUGCUGGGAGACAGCGUGGUGAUGGCGCGCGCGGGCGGCGCGGCCACGCUGGCGUGCGAGGCGCGCUACUCGCCGCCGCCGCGCGCGCUGCCGCUGCCGCCGCUCGACCUGCGCUGGCAGCGCGCGGACCAGCCCGUCAGCCUGCAGAGCCCGCGCGGCGGCGUGGCGCUGGACACGCAGCGCUGGGAGGCGCGCGUGCAGUCGCGGCUCACGCUCGCCGAGCUCGGCGCCGCAGACGCCGGAGAGUACACCUGCACGGGGGACAAGGCCGCCACGCUGCACCUCACUCUAUACGAUGAUGGUAAAAUAAAUCAAAUACUUACAACAGUUACAAUUCCGCAAUCCUCCGUUAGUUACAGAGUACGGUACAUUUUAGUUCGUCUGACUGUUACAUUGUGUGUAUUGUGACGGCAGAGGACCACGCGGAGGCCAUGCAGCGCGACGAGGCGGGCGCGGGCGCGGCGGGGCGGGCGCGGG